AUGGACGCGUUCGGAGUACAUGGUCUCCGACUUCCGGGAUGGCUAUUGUAUACGUCUCUGGUCUACUGCCUUCUGGGCUCCCUGGGAACUCAUCUGGUUGGCCAGCGGCUGAUUGUUCUUGAUUACGCGGCUCAGCGAGUUGAGGCGGACUUUCGAUCGGAUCUUAUCCGAAUCAGAGACCAUGGCGAGGCUGUGGCGAUGCUCCAUGCGCAAGGUCGAGAGUUGUCCAGACUAGAGAGGAGCUUCAUGAACAUCAAACGCAUAACAUACGAAUCUAUGUUUGUCACGAAACGCCUGAAGUUGUUCGACUCCUUCUUCGAGUACACUGGCAGCAUCUUUCCUCUCUUCGUUCUGUCUGGCGCCUACUUCUCGAGUGAAAUCACCCUCGGUCACUUGAACCAGACGGUGCAUGCUUUACGAUAUGUCCUGGAGGCCCUCAAAUGGUUUGUACAAUCUUACGGUAUAAUUAUCAAAUGGCGAGCUGCUGGCAAUCGUCUCUAUGAGUUCGAAUCGACGCUGAAUCUUCUAUCGAAAUCAAGAAGUGGUUUAAAACCCAUCCCUGGCGACGACGAUUCGCUGUCUCUCGAGUCUUGUGAUGUCUACACCCCCACGGAGACCAAAGGCCUCUUCUUCUUACCAGGCAAGGAAGAGGACGAUCUCGCCCUCCUCACCGAAGUGAACUUGAAAAUCGGCAAAGGCGAAUGGACAUUACUAAGCGGUCCCGAAGGCAGCGGAAAGACCAGUCUAUUGAGGGCCCUGGCCGGAGUUUGGCCGUAA